AAUGAAACCCGGAAGUAAAGUAUUGUUUAUAAAGACAUUUAACCACAUGUUGAGAACAUGGUCAGAUUCAAGUCAAGGUAUUUGCUCUGCGAACUGUGUGUCUCUGAACCCAGCAGUCUUCAUCUUUUCGAGGAUAAAGUCGUGUAUCAGGCACUCAGAGGAGCCGUGAACCGAGCUCACGGCGACUACGGAGCGGCGAUCUUUAAUAUAGGCGUAUUGGUGAAAUAUCUGAAUGCCCACACUGGAGUGGUGCUGAUCCGCUGCAGGAAAGCGCAUUAUCGGCUGGUGUGGUCCUCUCUUCCCUUCAUCACUUUCCUGGAGAACAGAGGACAGAAAGUGCGGUGCUUCUUCAACUGCCUUCAUGUCGGAGGAACCAUUAGAACGAGUCAGAAGUUUCUUAUUAAGUACAACAGACAACAGCUCCAAAGAAUGCUGCUACAUUGUAAGACAGAUGCUGAAAAACAAGAUGUCAGGAAAGCCAUCCUGAGCUGUUCUGUGAGUCUGGUCAGAGGAGAGGAAACUGAUGGAAGUGAUGAUGAUGAUGGUGAUGAAGAAGACACCUAAAACGUUUCAUAUAAAACAGAAAGCAGAUAUGUGUUACAGUAUGUGUAGUUCAUGAAGGCAAAAUGCAAUCAUGCAGUGAUUUGGAUGACAGACUGAUGUUGUUUAUACAUAAUGCAGUUGAAUAGGGAAUUGUUAUGUGGUGCCUGAACCUUUUGUGAUGCUAAUAGAUUUGGUGCAUUUUUUUUAUUUUAUUCAUCAAUUAUGAAUGUAGUUUAUGUUGACAUUACUGUUUUAGUUGUAUGAAUGUCAUGUGCAGUGACGUGUAUCUUUUUGUUCAACUAAAACAACUUCUGCUGCUUCUUGCUGUUCACUCUAGAUU